AUUGUCGUCGUAGAGACCUUUAAACCAACUUUCAAAAUUCAAGAUGUCUAGGAGUUCUUCUGAAGAGAGAAAUAAGGCACCAAAAUGCCCUUUUGAAGUCUACAGAUCUGAGGGCGAUGCAUUUUUAAUGAAGAAAAAGUACCUUAAGGCAAUUAUGGCUUACGAUCAGGCCUUGGAUAGAAAAGAAAAUGAUAGACAUUGUCUUCUUAGAAGAUCUUCAUGUUACCUAGCACUUGGAAAUCUGACCAGGGCUUUAAGUGAUGCUGAUGCUGCACUUGUGGAGGAUUCGAAUUAUUAUAAGGCUCUUUAUUUGAAGGGACAGAUUCUCUACAAUAAAGGAGAUUUCGAACAUGCCCUUGUGUACUUUCAUCGUGGACAACAGCAAAGACCGGAAUUACAAAUGUUUCGACUUGGGAUCCAGAAGUCUGAAGAAGCUAUUGAAAACUCUCUGACAGGUCAUAAGAAAAUUAAAAUCGGUAGUGCAGGUGCAAAAGGAUUUGUCAAACAAAUGGAUGAUGAAGAAAAAGCUCAAAAAGCUAAGUCACGUCAAAUAACUCAAAAGUCCAAAAAAGUAACUAGUGACCCUUCUACCGGAGACGGUGAUCAAGAUAAUCAGAAUAUUCCUAUUAAUUUGAUUCCGAAAAAUAUGUCUAAAAUCAUGUUUGGUCCAUUAUAUACAGAUCAUGAAUACCUGGAAGAGUUGUUAAAGCAAGAGUCUGAACAAAAAUGGAAGACUACAUAUUCUGAAGAAGUACGUAAUCUAGCACGUAACGGUAUUACUUAUUUGGAUGAACGAUCUAAAUUUUGGCAUCAAGAAAAACCUGUUUAUGCUCGAAUGAAAGCUGGAAGAUUGAAACCCUUGAUAAAACCUCAGCUUACUAAAACACAACGCUGCCCUGAAAUUAAUAAAGUAUUGAAUAGACUGCAUCAUAUUGAUAAGUUGCAACGGGCGCAUCAACAUGAAUUAGCGGUGAAACAUUCUGAGAAUUUACUUCACGAGGUUAAAACAUGGGAUUCAUCACAGGUUUCAAAUUAUUAUGAAAUUUUGGCAAAUAUUUAUUCAAUGCUUGGGUUGUCCAAUUUAGAAUUAGGAAAUUAUACCGAAUCAUUGGAAGCCCAUCAAGUUGCAUAUGACCUUGGACAAGAAAAUAAUUUAUCAGAGGUUAUUUCCCAUUCAAUGGAUAAUAUGGGACGUGUAUAUGCGAAAAAAGGAGAUUACGAUUCAGCUAUUAAAAUAUGGGAAGAAAAACUUGAAAAAUGUACAGAUGAAUUAGAUGUAAUAUGGCUUUGUUAUGAAUUAGGUCGAUGUUAUUUAGAAUUACAAAAACCAAAUAAAUCAUUCGAAUAUGGUGAAAAAGGAUUAGAUAUAGCAUGUUCAAUGAAUGAUAAACUAUGGCAAUUAAAUAUCAAUGUUUUGAUUGGACAAUCAAAUUUACAAUUGAAAAAACGUCUUGAUGCUCAAACAGCUUUUACUACAGCUUAUGAAUUAGCCAAGGAACUUGAAGCUCAUGAUGCUGAGAAAGCAAUAUUAGAAGUAAUCGAUGAAUUACAAAGUACCGAUCGAGAAAUGGAUACAUACGCAUUAACGGAUACAGAGGAUAAUGUUCGAUCAGAAGAUUCACUAAUUUCACGAAGUAAAAAUCAAUCACCUUAUCAAACGAAUAUUCAAUCUACAGAAGAAUAAUCAUUAUACCUACUGUUAUGCACGAACAAUAUGUUUUCAUCAUAAAAUGAAUUCAAAAGUCUAGGUCUUCUCGUUACCAAUUAUAUAUUUUUCCUUAUGAUCAUGAUAAAAAGGUUGUAUUUUGAUUAUGGUUACAAAUCUUUACUGUUUCUCUUUUUUUUGUUUUGUUUCUGUUUUCAAAAAAUGUAAGAAGAAAUCGAGUUUAUUAUUUAAACAACGAUUUAAUACAAUUUGUAGUUUAUGCAUUCUGUCUCUUCUUUUAUUAUGUGUGCAAUAGAUAGAUUUUUAUUCUUUUGU